UGGUUUUCGGCAGAGCUUCCAUCUCUGUAGUUUUUGCUCUCAGAAAGCAUUCGACUUUCUCGGUUUUGGAGUUUUGUUUCUUUGAGUUCAGUGUAUGAUAUGGGUCUCCUUAUAUCAAAGACGUCUGCAAAUCUUCUCUUGUUUUCCUUCUUUUCUCAGAAGAGAAUUCCCCUUGAUUCUAAGCAAUUCGAGAUCAUGGUCUCCCGCACAGGGAGGCUUUUCCAGCGCUACAACAGUAAAGGCUAUCGCCAAGUUGUAGGAUGCAUUCCAUACAGAUACAGGAAAACCAACCAAUCUUCUUCCGUUGAGGAUCUAGAGGUUCUUGUGGUUAGUUCACAGAAGAGUCAAGCAAUGAUGUUCCCAAAGGGAGGUUGGGAAAUGGACGAAUCUAAGGAAGUUGCAGCGAGGCGUGAGACGUUAGAGGAAGCUGGUGUCGAUGGCAAAGUCCAAAAAAUGCUGGGCAAGUGGAACUAUAAGAGCAAAAGACAUGGCAUAAUGCAUGAGGGCUACAUGUUCCCUUUGCUUGUCACGAAGCAGCUAGAUAUUUGGCCAGAGAAAAAUCUCAGGGAAAGAAGAUGGAUGUCUGUGAAGGAAGCGAGGGAAGUAUGUCAACAAGGGUGGAUGAAGGAAGCUUUAGAUAGAUUAGUUAGCCGACAAUCGCCAAUUGCAACUUAAGCGGAAAGAGGAAGAUGAUGAAACAACUAGUACAUAGAACACUGACUGUGGCCAAUUGCCUGUUUUCUCAAUGACUAGACCAAGAACUUAUGGGACCAAAACAUAUGACCAAGCAGCACCAAAAUAUGAAUUUUGAACAUAUGGGUUGGAGAUUUGUAUCGUUUCCCUUACAAAUUCUUGGUCUUCAUCUUUGAGUUUCGACUUCAUUCGCAGUUAAAACGAGAGAUUGAAAGUUUGCAGGAUGUAGUUGAUGGUUUAGCAUCAGGAAUCUUGCAGAUGUACAAAUGUUUGAUUCAUUCUUUUAAUAAAAUAGCUUCGAUUCUUUCA